CCUAACCUACUUGCUCCUGUCCUUCCAACCAGGAAAAACUAUUUUAUUGGAAUCUAAACCUUUCGUCUCCAGAAGCGAGUCUGAUUCUUUCUGAUUCCAUAUACAAACAUAGAAUUAAAAAUUCCCAAAAUAUGGAUUUCAAUUCCCCGUCUCCCAGAACAAUCCCUGUCGUCUCCACUUUUGCUAAUCCCUUCGACAACAAUUCCCCUCCAAUCAACGACACCCCCAAUUCUCCAACCCACCGCAAGCCCAUAGCUUUAUGGCCAGGAAUGUACCAUUCACCAGUCACCAAUGCUCUUUGGGAAGCAAGGUCUAAGAUCUUCGAAAGACUCCUUGACCCACCUAUAGAUGCACCUCCACAAAGUGAAUUGCUCACCAAGACUCCCAAACAGAGCCGUACAAGCAUUUUAUACAAUUUUUCUACUGAUUAUAUACUUAGAGAGCAGUAUAGAGAUCCUUGGAAUGAGGUCAGAAUUGGGAAGUUGCUUGAAGACCUUGAUGCUUUAGCUGGCACCAUUUCUGUCAAGCAUUGUUCUGAUGAUGAUAGCACAACAAGGCCACUCUUGCUGGUCACUGCUUCUGUAAACAAGAUUGUCCUGAAGAAGCCAAUCAGUGUUGACAUUGAUCUCAAAAUAGUUGGGUCUGUCAUAUGGGUUGGCCGGUCAUCAAUUGAAAUUCAGCUGGAAAUCAUUCAGUCCACUAAAGAGGGCUCUGAUGCUUCAGACUCGGUAGCUCUGACAGCAAACUUCAUAUUUGUUGCUCGAGACUCUAAGACUGGCAAAGCAGCUCCAGUGAACUACCUAUCAGCAGAAACUGAAAAAGAAAAGUCACUUUUUGAAGAAGCUGAAGCAAGGAAUAAAAUGAGGAAAAGGAAGAGAGUAGAAGAGAGAAAGGAUUAUGAGAAUGGAGGGGUUAAUAGACUUGAAGCGCUGUUGGCUGAGGGUCGAAUAUUUUGCGACAUGCCAGCCUUAGCAGACAGAGAUAGCAUUCUUCUGAGGGAUACCCGCCUUGAAAACUCUUUGAUUUGCCAGCCGCAGCAAAGGAACAUCCAUGGUCGAAUCUUUGGAGGGUUUUUGAUGCACCGGGCAUUUGAGUUGGCUUUCUCAACUGCUUAUGCAUUUGCUGGAUUGGUCCCUUACUUUCUAGAAGUUGAUCAUGUUGAUUUCUUAAGGCCAGUGGAUGUUGGAGAUUUCCUGCGUUUGAAAUCAUGUGUUCUUUACACAGAACUCGAAAACCCUGAGCAGCCUUUGAUUAACAUUGAAGUCGUUGCUCAUGUUACCAGGCCUGAGCUGAGAUCAAGUGAGGUGUCAAAUGAAUUUUAUUUCACUUUCACCGUACGUCCAGAAGCAAAAGCCAUGAAGAAUGGAUUUAGGUUACGCAAUGUGGUUCCAGCAACAGAGGAAGAAGCACGAAGAAUCCUCGAACGAAUGGAUGCAGAGACCUUACGCUCAAGUUAAGAAUAUAUUCCAGCUAUUCAAGAUAAUGGAUAGUAAAGAGACUGAUAUUUUAGUUACAAAUUGGGAUAUUUAGAAUAAUGUUGUUAUCAAAACAAUGUAGCUUGCAUGUCACAAGUGUAUGAAUUUUCCAUAUCAAAAUCACUUCCAAUUUUUUGUUAAUUUGUA